GGCUGACAACUUCCUUCCAGCUGCUUUCAAAAGUGGAGUGACUGUUUCUGUUUCACGGGAGUUUUCCACCACCUCUCCAGGAGAUGACCCAAACGGAGCAGUUUCCCAUGCAGCUGGUACAGUGCCUGGGCACUGCUCUUGUCCUCGUCCUGGGUUUGAGCAGUGGCCAAAGGGUGGUGACCAUUCAGAAGGGACCGCUUUACCGAGUGAGGGGCUCCCAUGUCACCCUAUGGUGCCGGGUGAGCGGCUACCAGGGACCAGCAGAGCAGAACUUCCAGUGGUCCAUCUACCUGCCAUCAGCCCCUGAGCGCGAGGUGCAGAUUGUUAGCACUGCUGACCCCUCCUUCCCCUACGCCGUCUACGCCCAGCGCGUGCGCAGCCGGGAGAUCUACGUGGAGCGGCUGCAGGGCAACGUGGCCCGGCUGCACAUCACUGAGCUGCAGGACCGCGAUGCUGGUGAGUACGAGUGUCACACGCCCACCACCGAUGAGAGAUACUUUGGGAGCUACAGCGCCAAGAUGAACCUCUCCGUGAUUGCAGACACCCUCUUGGUUUCCAUGGCACCCCAGGUUCUCACUUGUGCUGAAGGGGACACAGUGGAGCUCACCUGUGAGGUGUCAAAGUCCACCACCCUGCACACGCAUCUCUCUGUUGGCUGGUAUCAUCUUCAGGGAGCAGGAGACAGCCAUGCUGAGGAGAUCCUUACCCUGUCUAAGGAUUUUGUCUUGAGGCCAGGGGCCUCUUACAUGCAGAGAUAUCUGAGGGGGGAUGUACGGCUGGACAAGAUUGGGAAUACCACAUACAAGCUCUCCAUCAGGGAAGUGAAGCCAUCUGAUCAAGGUCAACUAUACUGUGAAGCAGUUGAGUGGAUUGAGGAUCCCGAUGAGACAUGGAAGGACAUCUCCCGGAAGCAAACAGAGGAGACAUCACUGAUAGUCACAAGCCUAGGUAAAGAUCUCAACGUGACUGUUGCUGCUGCUGAAAGCUCCAUUUCUGAAGGUGACACUUUGCAGCUACGUUGCCGUGUGGGAGCCCAGAACAGCCGUGACAGGCAAUUCCAGGUGAUUUGGUUCCUCAACAGCACCGAAGUGGCCAGGGUUGACCCAAGAGGAGUGUUGAUUUGGAAGAAGGAAUAUGAGGAGAGAGCCAGGCUGGGGCAGCUCCAAGCUUUCAAGCAUAGUGACACAGUUUAUGUCCUCACUGUAUAUGAGGUGGGGCUGAUGGACAAAGGUGUGUACAGCUGUUCAGUUUCAGAGGUGGAGAAGGCUCCUGGAGACUCUCAGAGCAUCCAAACCAAGCUGUCAUCUGGCCUCCAAGUCAAUGUGAAGCCAAUAGAAAGCCGCAUGUACCUGUCUAUGUCCACCAGCACGGCGCAGAUAGUCGCAGGAGAUCCCUUGAUCUUCCUUUGUGAGGUGCGGGGAGCAACCAAUCCUCUGUCUGUGAAGUGGUGGCACCUGCAGCAACAUCAGAGCCUGCCAUCUCUCGUGGCCGCCAUGGAGCGAGAUGGCUCACUGACCCUGGGCAGUGCCUACCAGGACCGUGGUGCACAGCGGAGCAUCAGGCUGGAGAAAGCAGGCUCCAGUGCUUUCACACUGGUGAUCUCCAACACGUCAGCCCCAAGCGAUAGUGGGUCUUACAAGUGUGAAGUGGUGGAAUGGUCCCGAGGCAAGAGCUGGUCGCAGGCAGAGGAAACUGUGGUGACUGUCAGCCCUCUCAAUCUUGGUUUGCAUGCCGUGCUGAUAAGUCGAACUGCUACCGUCAAGUAUACUCAGAGUUUUGAACUCUUCUGCCAGCUGAGUGCCAGCUAUGCCCUCGAGGAGUUGCCAGUGUCCAUGACGUGGCAGUUUCAGCCCAGUCGACCCACAGGGGACUAUCAGGAGCUGGUCAGAGUCCUUCCCAGUGGCACCGUGGCAUGGGGGAUGGCCCAGCCACACUUCCUGAAGAAAACCCAGUUGACAAAGGCUGCCUCUUCCUCCAGGCUGCUGAUCCACAGUGCUACGGCAGAUGAUGAGGGUACCUACAGAUGUGAGGCGGGGGUCUGGAGCAGAAGCUCCCUGCCACAGGGACAGCCAGCUGCUGUUGUGAGGUCUAAUGCUGUGGGGAUAAAAGUCACUCUGCCAGAAAGCAAGCUUCAGGUUUCUAUCAAAGAGAGCUCUGUGGAGAUCACUGGCAGUGCUGAUGCAACUAUUGAAUGCAGAAUCUUGUUUGCCCAGAAAACUGCUCAGUUGGCCAUUACCUGGUACUUCCUACCGCCUCCUCCAGCAGAUGCAAUCCCGCUGCAAAUUGUAAGGGCCAACUACAGCAAUGUUCUGGAAUACGGGGCUGAGUUCAGCUCUCUGACACAGAGGACCAGGUUCCAGAGCAAGAGGGUUUCCAGUGAUGCCUUCUGGCUGCAGAUCUUGUCCACCAACCAUGGAGACCAGGGCAGCUAUUAUUGUGUGGUAGAGGAGUGGCUCUGGCUGGCAGACGGCUGGUACAAACUUGGAGAGGGGAAAUCAGGAAGGACUACAUUGGAAUUUAAGCUCUCAGAGAGUGAACUGGAUGUGGAAAAGACCAACUGCAGCAUCUUGGUGAGGGAGGGCACCGAGGUGGUACUGGGCUGCAUGUUGCGGGGGAUGCGCUCGCCCAUCUCCCGUGUCUCUGCCAUCUGGUUCCAUGAGGAGGAUCGCUCUGGUGUGAGGCCCUUGCUGUACCUCCACCGCGAUGGCAUGGUGCAGUACGUUCAGGAGAAUCUUGCAAGCAGGCUGCACCUUCGCCGCCCCACUGCUGGUGACUUCAGCCUGACACUGCAAAGCGUGGAGGAGGGUGACACUGGGGUGUAUUACUGCCAGGUGCAGGAGUGGCAGCAGGAUGGCAAGGGGGAGACCUGGGCUCUGCAAGCAUCUGCACUCUCAGGGUACACAAGGCUCACUACGCUCCCACCAGAGUCAACUGUUUUGUCCAGGAUCUGCUCAUCUCCACCACUGCUGAACUUCAUCCUAUACCUACCUCUGGUUCUCAUCCUUCUCCUGGCCAUUGCUGGCUUCUACUGGUACCUCAAAUCCAGGAAUAUCAGAAAAGAUAAUAUCAAGGAUGACCAGCUGGUAGAAUUGCAAAGGACUGAAGAUGUCAAGCAAACUUAGCUGAUCUAUACUGAAAAAUGUUAACUUUAAGGAGUGGAGUUAGACUGUCUGAAGGGGAAUGAAUGCUUGCAGUGGGGCUUUGUAUUGUUUUUCAGUAGCUCUUGCAAUUAAUCCUUGAAACUGCACAUUUACUCUGUGGAAUAAAGCAGUCCAAAA